AGUUUUUGCUGCCGAUGCUCGUGCUGGAGGUUCUGCCUACUCGCCACUCUGGAUAGCGGCCGUGAAAAAACGGACAGAACGAGAAAGACAAGGAGGCACGGACUUUGGGGAGAGUGAACGGUGCAGGGAAAACGAGGCAGCGACGUUAGUUUCGUGCCCAUCGUUUAAAGUGCGCACAGGAGUGUUUACUGCAGCGCUCGGUGGGAGAGAGAGAUAGAGAGGGAGAGAGAGAGAUAGAGAGGGAGAGAGAGAGACCGGAGGACCGGAGAGAGACGGGAACAUCAGUUCAGAAUGGAUCACCACCACCAUCAACACGAUCAUCAUCAUCAAUAUGAUGGAGGAGAGAACGACUAUAUGCCCCAGGAAGAUGACUGGGAUCGGGAUAUGCUGCUUGACCCCGCCUGGGAGAAACAGCAGCGAAAGACGUUUACUGCAUGGUGCAAUUCUCAUUUACGGAAGGCGGGGACGCAGAUCGACAACAUUGAGGAGGAUUUUAGAGAUGGACUCAAACUCAUGCUGCUCCUAGAGGUCAUCUCAGGGGAACGUUUGGCCAAACCAGAAAGAGGAAAAAUGAGAGUCCAUAAGAUCUCCAAUGUGAAUAAAGCUCUGGACUUCAUCGCCAGCAAAGGAGUCAAACUGGUUUCUAUUGGAGCAGAGGAGAUUGUUGAUGGAAAUGCUAAGAUGACUCUAGGGAUGAUCUGGACCAUUAUCCUCCGCUUCGCCAUCCAGGACAUCUCAGUGGAGGAGACCUCAGCUAAAGAAGGCUUGCUGCUUUGGUGCCAAAGGAAAACAGCUCCCUACAAAAACGUCAACAUUCAGAAUUUCCACAUCAGUUGGAAGGAUGGAUUGGGCUUCUGUGCACUCAUUCACAGACAUCGUCCAGAGCUCAUUGAUUACGGUAAACUGCGCAAGGAUGACCCAAUGACCAAUCUGAACACCGCCUUUGAUGUCGCUGAGAAGUACCUGGACAUCCCUAAGAUGCUGGACGCAGAAGAUAUUGUUGGUACGGCUCGUCCCGAUGAGAAGGCCAUCAUGACCUACGUUUCUAGCUUCUACCAUGCCUUCUCUGGGGCGCAGAAGGCCGAGACAGCAGCCAAUCGGAUCUGCAAAGUGCUGGCUGUCAAUCAGGAGAACGAGCAACUGAUGGAAGACUAUGAGAAACUAGCCAGUGAUCUAUUGGAGUGGAUUCGCAGAACCAUCCCGUGGUUGGAGAACCGCGUUCCGGAGAACACCAUGCAGGCCAUGCAGCAGAAGUUGGAGGAUUUCCGGGACUACCGACGACUUCACAAACCGCCUAAAGUUCAGGAGAAAUGUCAGCUGGAGAUCAACUUCAACACACUGCAGACCAAACUCCGCCUCAGUAACCGCCCUGCGUUCAUGCCCUCAGAGGGGAAGAUGGUCUCGGAUAUCUCCAAUGCUUGGGGAGGUCUUGAGGGAGCAGAGAAGGGUUAUGAAGAGUGGCUACUGAAUGAGAUUCGCAGACUGGAGAGACUCGACCAUCUUGCAGAGAAAUUUCGCCAAAAAGCCGCCAUCCACGAAGCCUGGACUGACGGUAAGGAGGAGAUGUUGCAGGAUAAAGACUUCGAGACGGCAACCCUCUCAGAGAUCAAAGCUCUACUGAAGAAGCACGAGGCGUUUGAGAGUGACCUCGCAGCUCAUCAGGACAGAGUGGAACAGAUCGCUGCCAUCGCUCAGGAGCUUAAUGAGUUGGAGUACUACGACUCUCCCAGUGUAAACGCCCGCUGUCAGCAGAUCUGCGAUCAGUGGGAUUCACUGGGAGUUUUAACUCACAAACGCAGUGAGGCCUUGCAGAGGACAGAGAAACUGUUGGAAACGAUUGAUCAGCUGUACCUGGAGUUCGCCAAAAGGGCGGCACCCUUUAACAACUGGAUGGAGGGAGCCAUGGAGGACCUGCAGGACACUUUUAUCGUCCACACUAUUGAGGAGAUACAGGGACUCAGCACAGCCCAUGAGCAGUUUAAAGCCACACUGCCUGAGGCAGAUAAGGAACGACAGGCCAUCCUGGGCAUCCAUAAUGAAAUUGCUAAAAUUGUGCAGACAUACCACGUCAACAUGGCUGGCACCAACCCCUACACCACCAUCAACCCCCAGGAGAUCAAUGCCAAAUGGGAUAAGGUGAGGCAGUUAGUACCCCAGAGAGAUCAGGCCCUGGUCGAAGAACACGCUCGUCAGCAGAAUAAUGAGAGACUGCGCAGACAGUUUGCUAAUCAGGCAAAUGUUAUUGGGCCCUGGAUCCAGACCAAGAUGGAGGAAAUUGGCCGAAUCUCUAUUGAGAUGCACGGUACCCUGGAGGAUCAGCUGACCCACCUGCGGCAGUAUGAGAAGAGCAUAGUAAACUACAAACCAAAGAUUGACCAGCUAGAGGGAGACCAUCAACUAAUACAGGAAGCACUUAUAUUUGACAACAAACACACUAAUUACACAAUGGAGCACAUCCGUGUAGGUUGGGAGCAGCUCCUCACCACCAUCGCUCGCACCAUUAACGAGAUCGAGAACCAGAUUCUGACCCGUGACGCCAAAGGCAUCAGCCAGGACCAAAUGAAUGAGUUUAGAGCCUCGUUCAACCACUUCGACCGAGACCACUCGGGCGCACUGGGCGCUGAGGAGUUCAAAGCCUGCCUUAUCAGUCUGGGCUUCGAUAUCGGGAACGACGCACAGAAGAGAACAGGCAUGAUGGAUGCAGAAGACUUCAGAGCCUGCCUCAUCUCCAUGGGUUAUAAUAUGGGAGAGGCGGAGUUUUCCCGCAUCAUGAGCAUUGUGGAUCCUAACAGACUGGGAUUGAUCACAUUCCAGGCCUUCAUUGACUUUAUGUCUCGCGAGACGGCCGACACGGACACCGCUGAUCAGGUCAUGGCAUCGUUUAAAGUCCUUGCUGGAGACAAGAACUAUAUCCUGGCGGAUGAGCUGAGGCGCGAGCUCCCCCCUGACCAGGCUGAGUACUGCAUCGCCCGCAUGACGCCUUACUCCGGCCCUGACACCGUCCCGGGAGCUCUCGACUACAUGUCCUUCUCCACCGCCCUCUAUGGGGAGAGUGACCUCUGAACCGCGACCCCCGGAUGUGGGGUCGACCUGCCUUCUGAUACAAAUACACACAAAUACGCAUAUUCAUAAACACACACAUAGCUUGCACUCCAUGAGAGUAAAAGCAGCUCUUCAGUGCUGAUCUAGCACCAACAAGCAGAGCAAGCAGAACUUGCCCCAGAUCAGCCAAUCAGAGCAGCUUCCAUCAGCACCACACAAUGAUGUUCGGUCAUUUUUGUAUCCUCCUAUCAGCCCAGGCCUUUCUGUGUGUCAUAUACGACUUCCUGCUCUUUUUCCAGCCGUGUUCAUGAAGUCUGUCUUGCCUGUCUUGGGAAUUGUGUGUCACAUAGAGAAAGCUUAAUGGUGUCUACACAUGCGAGAUCCUCCUUCUCACUGAAGUCGUAAUAGAGUAUGUCGCAUUGAAGGAGAGAAAAGGAAACAUGACAUGAACGUCUAAUACUCUUCUCUCCAUGUAAACGUACAAUGUGCAACAAACGGUUAAAAAUAUACACAAUAACGCAUGGUAGGCAGCAUCAUGUUAUCGUUGUGACCUAUGACCCAUGUGAUACUUAAUGACCAUGUGUUCAGAUUGGUACACUUUUUUUACAUGCAGUAAAUGUUUGUUGACGAGAAUGUUUUUCGAUCGUUCUCUUGUGACGGUGAGUCAGAUUUCAUGAACGGAUUUUCGCCUUUCUGCUUCCAUGCGCAACAUUGAAAAACUCCCUCCCCCCCAGAGGAAUGUUUUCUGUAUUUUUACUUCUUAUUUUGUUUUUUCCCUCUUCAUAAAGGAAUAAAGUUAACAUAUUUUAUUAUACAGAACAAAAAAAGGUAUUUUUCUUCACCUUAUUAAAAAAACUUAAAAAAACUUAUGAAAAUUUAAAUAAAGAAACAACCACAA